GUGACGAUUACUUAAGGGUGAAAUACAAUCAUGGGGAGGAAAUCCUUUACAAAAUUUUCUUUUUUAACUUGAAAAUUUACACUUGUUCUUAAAAUAAAUUUAGAAUUAUUUAGUGUGCGAUAAUAUAUUAUAUAGUUUGACAUAAAAAUUUGAAAAGUAAGUUUUCUUAUUAAGUUUGUUCAGUAACCAAAGGAGGAGGAAGUACCUAAGAGUAAAGUAAACCUCGAUGGUACGCAAUAAGACACAAUCAUCUUCGUCAUCCUCGUCAGGAAAUAAUAAUGCAAGUGGAAGUACUAGCAGUAAUAGUAGUACAAAAUCUCCAAUCCGGCAGAGCAAUACGCACCGCAAAACCAGCAGCACUUGCAGUAUAGCUUUAAUUGAUGACUCAACCAAUAAGAAGACAACUUCCAAUCGCCGCACUUCACCUGAAGAAGAAGAUAGUGACAUUGACGGUGAUAUUAUCUCAACUCCUACUGGAAGAAGUCCGCAGUUUGGAUCUGUCCACAAACAAAAUCUAUAUAUUGUUUCAUUUCCCAUUAUAUUUCUCUUCAAUAUUUUACGCUCGCUAAUUUAUCAGCUGUUCUGUAUUUUUCGCUAUUUGUAUGGCAGCACAAAAGUGAUCUAUCGUCCCCACAAACGCGAGUGUAAUAUUGAAAUUGUUGUAGGCACAAAUACUUCAAACUCUAACGCGAAAGAUAAACAAUUGGUGCAAGCGCACAACUCAGCUUUAGUUAGUUACCCCUUAACGGACACCUUAGAGGGUACACAUUCUCAUAGAUUUCGCCCACAGCUAGAAAUGUCACACAAGGGUAACAGUGCUGGUCCGGGACCUGGUGACCCAUUGUUGGCUAAGCAAAAACAUCACCACAGACGCGCUUUUGAGUACAUAAGCAAAGCAUUAAAAAUUGACGAAGAAAACGAAGGGCAUAAAGAGUUAGCCAUUGAGUUAUAUCGUAAAGGAAUCAAAGAACUGGAAGAUGGUAUUGCUGUGGACUGCUGGAGUGGUCGUGGUGAUGUUUGGGAUCGUGCACAGAGAUUACAUGAUAAAAUGCAAACCAAUUUAUCCAUGGCACGAGAUCGCUUGCAUUUUCUAGAAUUACACGAGGAACAGUUGCGUUUAGAGUCUUUGCAACUUGCCGAAAAAGCAGACGAAAAAAAAGAUCCUGGUAAAAAGUCAGAUAGCCCUAAAGUUAGCUCGCCAAACGUUCAAGUAGUGCAGCCAAUGAUAUUAAAUAAAACUCCGAAUGCACAAACACAAACAAAGUCGCAUUUUUCACGUCCAAAUAAUAUUGUAAAAAAACGAAAUAUAGUUCCCAUUGUCUCACGUUUAACUAAAACAACUGACGGCUCCGCGGGACCAACAGCUUCUGGACGCAAACUCACUGUUGGUAAUAAACGUCCUGGUAAUUUAGCCGUUAUCAAUAAAUCACAGACUUUGCCACGUAAUUUGGGCUCUAAGACUACUACUGGUACUUUAUCACAGCGUCAACCUUUAAAAACGGCAGCUACACCACCGGCAGUUCGCAGACAAUUCUCAUCUGGUCGGAAUACACCGCCACAGCGUUCACGUACUCCUGCAGGCAGUGGUCAAGCAAAUAGUGGUGCAACUACUCCAGUAGUUAGCGUAAAAGGUGUAGAACAAAAACUAGUGCAAAUAAUAAUGGAUGAAAUAGUUGAAGGUGGAGCAAAAGUGGAAUGGUCUGAUAUAGCAGGUCAAGAAGUGGCUAAACAAGCGUUACAGGAGAUGGUCAUAUUGCCUUCAGUACGUCCAGAAUUAUUUACAGGUUUACGUGCUCCAGCAAAGGGCUUACUGCUUUUUGGUCCACCGGGAAAUGGAAAAACUUUAUUGGCACGCGCUGUUGCCACAGAGUGCAGUGCUACUUUUUUUAAUAUUUCGGCUGCUUCGCUUACAAGCAAGUAUGUGGGAGAUGGUGAAAAACUUGUGCGUGCAUUGUUUGCUGUGGCACGAGAAAUGCAACCUUCCAUUAUUUUUAUUGAUGAAGUUGAUUCAUUACUAUCGGAACGUAGUAAUAACGAGCAUGAAGCUUCCCGUCGUCUCAAAACGGAAUUUCUUGUCGAAUUUGAUGGUCUUCCUGGUAAUAAUGAAGGUGACAGAAUUGUUGUUUUGGCUGCUACAAAUCGGCCACAAGAACUUGAUGAAGCUGCCUUGCGGCGCUUCACUAAACGUGUUUAUGUGUCACUGCCUGAUUUAGAUACGCGUGAACUUCUAUUACGUCACUUGCUACAAAGGCAAGGUAGCCCUUUAGACACUGAUGCGCUGCGUCGUUUAGCGAAAUUAACUGAAGGCUAUUCUGGAUCCGAUUUAACUGCAUUAGCUAAAGACGCUGCUCUUGAGCCAAUUCGCGAACUUAAUGUUGAGGAAGUUAAAAAUUUGGAUAUUAGUGCCAUGCGUGCCAUAACAGAAAAUGAUUUCCAUAAUUCACUUAAGCGUAUACGUCGUUCUGUCGCUCCACAAAAUUUAAAUUCUUAUGUAAAAUGGUCUCAAGAAUAUGGCGAUAUAACUAUUUAAGCAACAAUUAAAGUUAUAUAUUCUUUUCCUCGCUUCAUUCAAAUGGAUAUUAUGAUGUGAGUGCAUUAGUUAUUUUAGAUUUGGUUCUCAAAUUAGUCUUUCAGAAUCAUUAUUAUAUGUAAAGUUUAAUUUAGUUUUUCUUACAUAUAAGCAAUCAAAUUAAUUAUAAUUAUAAUCAAUGUUUAAUUAGUUUAAAAUAUUUUGUAAUAUUUGAUUAGGCUAUUGAUGCUGAAGAGAGUACGAUAAUAUUUAUUAAGCAGCAUAAUAGUGCUGCCUUUGAUACACCUUCUUCAUCAUUAAUCAAAGCCAAUCUGAUUUUUUUUCUAUAAUAAACUAGACGCAUAUUUAAUCGUUCGUCAUUAUUAUCGUUUAUUUAAUUAUAAAGCAAAGACAUGUAAUAUACUCGUUCUCAUAGUUUUUAAUACCAGUCAGAUGUCUUAUUGAACAUUUUAACCAUAAAUUUUAUUUCUCAAA